AUGGGCGCGGGCAUCAUGGCGCUGCCGCGGGCCUUCGCGACGCUGGGCCUGGGCCUGGGCUUCGGCCUGCUUAUGGCCGUCUUUGCGCUAUCCUUCUUCUCCCUGGAUGCGUUGGUGCGCUGCGCGGCCAUCGCGCGGCGCGGCACCUACGCCGAGCUGGUGCACGCCGAGUUUGGCAUGCUGGGCAGCCGCUUGCUGGAGGGGUCCAUCGUGCUGAACAAUGCGGGCACCAUGAUCAUCUACCUCAUCAUCAUCGCCGACGUGCUGGUGGGCGUUCCCCCGCACUACUCCGGCCUGGUGACUAACCUGGUGGGCAUCCACGACCCUGCCGUAUGGUAUGUCUCCCGCCCCGUGGUGGUGGGCGCGCUGUGCGUGCUGUGCCUGGCUCCCCUGCUCUCCCUGCGCGACCUGGCGCUGCUGGCCCCCGCCUCCACCGCCGCCGUGGGCGUGGCCGGCGCCUUUGCACUGAGCGUGCUGGGCAUCGCCGGCCGCGCGGCCUGGACCGGGCGCCUGGCCGCCUUCCGCUGGCUGCCGAGCGCGGAGGCGCUGGGCGGCAGCCCCGCGCGCAUCGCGCUCACCCUCCUCUCCGUCCUCCCCGUCAUCUCCCUCUCAUUCGUCUGCCACUACAACAUCCUGCCCCUGGCAGCCUCCCUCCAGCGCUUCAGCGACCGGCGCAUGGCCAUGGUCAUCCGCCGCGCGCUCGCCGUCUGCACCACCGUCUUCACGCUCGUCGCCGGCGGCGGCUACAUGCUCUUCGGCCCGGACACCGACGCCAACAUCCUGAACAACCUGACCCCGGAGGGCCUGGCAGCCUUCGUGCCCCACACCUUUGCUGCCGUGCUCUCGAUCGCGGUGCGCGCGGGGUACUGCCUCUGCCUCGUGGCCACCUUCGCCAUGCUCAACUGGGCGCUGCGCCAGACGCUCUCGCGCAUCGCGCUGGGCGUGGACAUGCCCGAGGGCGCCGCCUUCUACGCCGUCAGCUAUUCCAUCCUGGCGGUGCUCUACGUCGUCUCCAUCGCCUUUCCCUCGGUCUGGGGAGCCAUGAGCCUGACGGGGGCCACCGCCGCCGUCAUGGUCGCCUUCAUCCUUCCGGGGGCCUUGGUCGUCAGGCUGGAGCGGGAGUCGCACCUGUCGCGUGCUCUGGGCUACCUCUGCGUCGGACUGGGACUGGUCAUGGGCGUCGUGGGCGUGGCCAACACCCUCUGGCUCUCCAAGCUCUGA